AUGGCUGAAGCCGUUCCGCCCGCGUUCCCGUCGCUCGACAACUCGGUCGGAGCCUUCCUCCUCGGCACCAUCCUGUCGGUCUUCCUCGCGGGCGUCACGUCCGUCCAGGCCUACUCGUACUUCGUCUGGUUCCGUCGCACCGACCGCAAGCUCCUCAUCGGCAUCGUCUCGUUCCUCCUGAUCGUCGACCUGUUCCACUCGGCCAUCUCGUGCUACACGAUCUAUGCGACGACGGUCACGAACUACGGCAACCUCGCCUUCCUCGUUAAGUGUCUGUGGAGCUUCACCUGGGACCCGUUCCUCACCGGCCUCGUCGCGUUCAUCGUCCAGAUCUUCUAUGCCUGGAGGGUCUUUGUCGUCUCGCGCCGUCAGUGGCUCAUCCCGGCCGUCAUCGGCGUCCUCUCGCUCCUGAGCUUCGCCUUCGCCAUCGGCUCGACCUGGACGAUCUACCGCCUCGACUCGGAAUUUGCCCGCUUCCACGAGUUCCGCUACGGCGUCGCCAUCUGGCUCUUGUCCGCCGCGGUCGCCGACAUCGUCAUCACGAGCUCUCUCAUCUUCUAUCUGCGCCGUGCGAGCAAGGGCACCGGCGGGCACUCGUCGCCCAUCAUCGAGCGCGUCAUCAGGACGAGUCUCGAGACCAACUCGAUCACGGCCAUCUUCGCCAUCCACGUCCUUCCGAACUUGAGCCUCGUCAAGCUCUACUUCAACGGUCUCCUCGUGUCGCUCAACUCGCGCAAGGUCGGCCAGCAGUCGAACGCGGGCAGCGGCGACAAGGCCUCGCCCUUCGGCACGCCUGCGCCUGGCUACACGGCGACGUUCGGCUCGGUCCCGAACCCGAAGGCCGCACCGCACCGCCACGACAUCACGACGCUGUCGAUCUCGCCUGCGGGCGACGAGUUCAAGAGCGAGACGGCCGAGCAGUCGCCCGACCUCGAGCCGCACCCCUUUCAGGUCCGCGCCUACCACGUCACGCCGCCGACGCCUGACGGCGUCGUCGUCCCGAUGCAGACGCUGCCCUCGUCCGUCACGACGCGCCGCUCGGCCGAGCGCUCGCCUGAGCACGACGGCGGUGUCUGCUCGCGUGCCGUGCCGCAGGGGUGGUAG